AGCAGGGGAGGGGCAGAGAGAGAGAGGGAAACAAAAUCCCAAGCAGGCUCCUGUGCUGUCAAAACAGAGCCCAAUGCGGGGUUUGAACCCACAAACUGCAAGAUCAUGACCUGAGCCAAAAUCAAGAGUCAGACACCUAACUGACUGAGCCGCCCAGCCACCCUGAUUGUUUUGUGAAUAUUGAACUACCCUUGUAUCCCACUUGAUCGUGGUGUGAUUUUUUAAAUAUAUUGUUGAAUUUGGUUUGCUAAUAUUUUGUUAAGGAUAUUUGCAUCUAUAUUCAUAAGAGAUAUUGGCCUACAGUCCUCUCUCUCUCUCUCUCUCUUUGGUGUCUUUAUCUGGUUUUGGUAUAAGGGUGAUACUGGCCUCACAGAAUGAGUUUGGAAGUCUUUCCUCUUAUGCUUCUCGCAAUAGUUUGAGAAAAAUAGUUGUUAACUCUUCUUUAAAUGUUUGGUAGAAUUCGCUGUGAAGCCGUCUGGUCCUGGACUUUUCUUUUUGGAGAGUUUUUUGUUUCUCAUUUCAUUUUUGUUAAUUGGUCUGUUAAAUUUUCUACUUCUUCCUUCUUUACUUUUGAUUAUAUGUUUCUAGGAGUUUAUCCAUUUCUUCUUAGUUGUCUAAUUUGUUGGCAUGUAUAUUUUCAUAACAUUCUGUUACAACUGUAUUUCUGUAAUGUUUGUUGUUAUUUUUCUUUUUUCAUUAGUGAUUUUGUUUUUUGCUGAUCUUUUCAAAGAACUUGUUUCAUUAAUCUGUCUUAUUGCUUUCUUAGUUUGUGUAUCACUUACUUCUGUUCUAGUCUUUCUUAUUCCCUUCCUUUUGCUGGGUUUGGGUUUUAUUUGUCACAUUAUUAAAGUCACUUUAAUAUAGCCACAUUUAUCAUAUUUAAGCUAAGAUAGAGCAGCCUGGUCUAAGGAAGACUGUAACAGGAUAUUGACUCUGGUUGUCAGAGUUAAAUUCAUACCAAUGACAAUCCUGAGUUCCAUGACAGAGACAGAUGAAGGAGUCUCAUUUGUUUUAAUGAACCAUAGUAUUCACUACUAAUGUGAAGAUUAAAAAAUGGCAAUUCCUGAAAAAGAGACUGUGGCUAGAUAAUGUGACCCAUGAAUUAGGAUAGCUUAGAAUAACAAUUUAUACAUUUUUUUUUUUUGGUUAACACUUCAUUCUAUACACUUCUUAAAAGUGUAUAUCUCUUACAAGUCUUUCCCAAACCUGUCAGUUCAAUUCUUGACUGGAUUGAACUGAAAUAUUUUUUGCCAAAUCUAUCAGUUCAAUUUCUUGAGCAAAGUAGUACAAUAAAUCUGAUUCACUUAUUUCUUAGGGGAUUAUGAGUUUUAAGUAAAUCUUAGCACUAAAGGAAAAAAAUUCAGUUGCCAUUGCAAAACACUGAUAAAGAAUCAUAUUUGAUGGUGAAUCACUAUCAUAAUUAUCCUUUUAACUUUUUUUAUUCUUAACACAUAUAAAUAAUUAUUAAGGGAAUAAACUCAUAAAAGUGAAAGGUAUUAAUCAAUUCAUAUGAGUGACACAAAUAUUUUUUAAUUUCAUUUUCUUAUAACUCAAUUAUAAUUUUGUAACUUAUUAAAUCAUCUGUUCAACAAACACAAACAAGCAGUAAACCAAACUUUUGGUUUACUGAGUAAACCAAAGUUCUAGGUACUAAGCUAUAAGUGGGAAAGGUUAACAUGGUCUAAUGAUCUAAUUAAUGGGAAAGAGAAAUCUUACAUAAGUAACAUCUAUAGAGGUUAUCCUAAGGCAGCACUAAAACCACUGGAAAGCUAUAUCCAGAGGAGAUACUCGGUGAGUCUUUUAAGCAUAUCAUUAAAAUAUUAAAAAGUGGAUUAUAGGACACAAGGAAUGGAUACAGAAAAUGUAGAAGUAGUUUCAGAGAUAACACCACAUUCCAGGAGAGAAGAAAAAAGUUUUAGACCAAGAUUGUGGUGGUGGUAGACAGAGAGAGCAAGAUAUCCUACAGGAACUGGCAGUUUAUUUUAUACUGAAGAUAAAAAUGAGGGAAGAGUUAAAGAUGAAACUCUGGUUUCUGGUCUGAGCAACGGAGUUGAUGGUCAAGUCGUUUUCCAUCACAGAGAACACUGGAAUAGGAGCAGGUUUUUGGAUGACUAUGAUCCAAGUUUUAGACUUUCUUUUGGAGGUCAAGAAAAAUUUCCAAGUGAAAAUAUUGAGAAGGUAGUAAUAAAAAUAGUCAAGGCUGGAGCCAUUGACAUAGAAAUGGCACUUUAAACCACAGGAAGUAUGAAAUAACUUAGAAGGAGAGAAUAAUUGAGAAGUAAAGAAGCUCUGACAAGGGUCAGGUGCAAAGUGAGUAACAGGCAAAGGAGUCAUUGAGAAAGAAUAAACACAGAAGUAUUCAGAGAGUGUAGUAUCAGAGAGAGUCCAAGUAAGAAAGCAAGAAACUUUUAAAUGAGAAGCAUGGUGAAUGGAAUCAAAUAUUGUAGAGAGAUAAAUUAAAAUAGAAAGUGACCAAUGUCAACUGAAUUUACUGACAUGAAGUUUUUGGUGAAUUUAAUGAAAAGUCACUUUGGAGAAGUUGAAAGAAGUUUGCAAUUGUUUAAAGAGUUUUGGGAAGGGGAAGAAAGAGUCUAGCCAACCCACAAGAUAACUGGUUAUGGAAAGAAGAAAAAAGUUAAAACUAUGUCUAGGAAUGGAGCAAUUGCUCAUCAAAGAGACUGUUUAGCUAAUAAGAGACUUUAACAUGCUAGCAUGCUUGUAGAUGAUUGAAUACAGAGGGAGAUAAUGAUUCUAUGAUGACCGGAUCUUCAGUAGGUAAAGGAAUUCAAAGGGAUUCCCCUUGACUUUUGAUUGAUUCAUGAAAUUCCUGUCAUAAUUCCUGUCAUAAUUCAUGUGGACUUAUUUUUUGCUUAUAGGGGUUUCACAAAUCUAAAGUCAAUAGUCCCCCAACAGACUUUAAUGUUGUGAAACCUAAUGGAGUUUUAGAUUAUUCAUGAAUCAUUUCAUUUACUAAGGAGAAGCUUCAAAACAAUUGUUUAUAUUUAUUCAUCAUAUUCCUUUCUUGCAGGUUCUUUUAUUUCUCAUUAAUCGAAGAAUUUUUUUUCUUUUAUGCUUUUUCUAGGAAAAUUCCUACAUCUUUCAUAAUAUCACCAAGUCAAUAUCUGGAGCAGAAUCAAUCCUCUCAGUUACAUAAAAUUAAAAAUGGCAUAUUGUUGGAAAACAGAUCUAAAUACCAGUGAAUCACAUGAAGAGCAGCAUGAGCACCAAGAAUUUCACUCUGUAAAUCAGUCCUUUUUCCCUAGCCACGUCAGUCUGGGUUUUGAUCAGCUAGUAGAUGAGAUCAGGAUUAAAAUUCCAUUCUAUCAGAGUGAAAUUGAAGAAAACACUGUUUGUGUACCCCAUGCACCAAACUGGGACUCAACAAGGCAUUCAUUACAUGAAACACACCAAAUACCCUUGAAUGAAUUAACUUCUCAGACCUCAGAACUCUCCUGUCACCAAGUUGGGAAAACACCAGUAAUUGGUUUUAGGCGCUCUGUGCUACCAAAUCCUGAAAAUAUGAACAAACAAAGCUCUUGUGGAAACCCCAUAGGAAAAUAUCAUGGUGGUGAUGAUUACAGAAUAAAUAUUUCAGCUCCAUCAUCCACUAGUCUGGAUAAAAUUAAUUCACAGAGAGAAUCAGAAAAUGAAAAUCGUAACUACCACAUAGGAUUUGAAAGUAGCAUCCCUUCUACAUAUCCAUCCUUCUCAACUAACUUCAUGCCAAAAGAAGAGAAUAAAAGAAGUAGAAAUAUGAACAUUGUGAAACAUUCUCUGAUGCUUUCUGAAGGUUCUUUUCCACCCAGGACCUGGGAAAGUACACAGCCAGAGAAUACAGAGCUGACAGGUUGUUCUAUUCAGCUGGUUGAAGUACCUCAAGGCAGUAAUAAGAGUCUGGCCUCCUUCUGCGACGAAGUAAAAAAGAUAAGAGAAACAUAUCAUGCAGCUGACAUUAAUUCGAAUUCAGGGAAGAUCUGGAGCACUACUGCAGCAUUUCCAUGUCAGCUUUUUUCUAACACUAAAUUUAAUAUAAAUAUUUGUAUUGAUAACUCAACACAACGACUUCAUUUUAAGCCAUACGCUAAUUAUCUUGUCAAAGACCUAAUUGCAGAGGUUCUACAUUUUUCUACAAAUGACAAAUUAUUCCCCAAAGAUCAUCUUCUAAGUAUAUGUGGCUAUGAAGAAUUUUUACAGAAUGAUUACUCUUUGGGGAGCCACAAAAUAUUUCAGAAAGAUAAAUCUGUUAUUCAACUUACUCUUCAUAAAAAUGGGAAAGUUCCAGGAAAAUUAUCUCGAAAGCAUGAAGAUGACCACAGUCAGUUUUAUCUGAACCAACUUCUAGAAUUUAUGCAUAUUUGGAAAAUAUCCAGACAGUGCCUCUCAACAGUAAUCAAAAAAUAUGACUUCCACCUGAAAUGCCUAUUGAAAACCCAGCAAAAUGUAGAUAAUAUUAUUGAAGAAGUAAAAAAUAUAUGCAGUGUUCUGGGGUGUGUGGAGACCAAACAAAUUACAGAUGCUGUAAAUGAACUAAAUCUAACUCUUCAGAGAAAUGCAGAGAAUUUUCAUCAAAAUUCAGAGACUUCAGCAAAAGGCUUGAUAGAGAAAGUGACAACUGAACUCUCCAGGGCCAUCUACCAGCUAAUCAGUGUCUAUUGCCGCAGCUUUUAUGCAGAUUUCCAGCCUGUAAAUAUACCUGAUGACAUUUCCUAUGUAAAUCCUGGACUCCAUUCCCACUUGAGCUUCACAGUGUAUGCAGUUCACAACAUCCCAGAGACUUGGGUGCACAGCUAUAAAACAUUUUCUUUUUCCUGUUGGCUUACAUAUGCUGGAAAGAAGUUGUGCCAAGUGAGAAGCUACAGAAAUAUUCCAGUCAAAAAAUUGUUCUUUUUCUUGGUCAACUGGAAUGAAGUGAUCAAUUUUCCUCUUGAAAUAAAGUCACUUCCAAGGGAAUCCAUGCUCACUAUAAGAUUGUUUGGAAUUAUCUGUACAACCAAUAAUGCCAAUUUACUGGCCUGGACUUGUCUUCCAUUGUUUCCAAAAGACAAGUCCAUUCUCGGGUCUAUGCUAUUCAGCAUGACAUUACAGAGUGAGCCUCCCAUAGAAACGAUAGCUCCAGGAGUAUGGGAUAUAAGCCAGCCAUCCCCAGUGACCCUACAGAUUGCUUUUCCAGCUACUGAGUGGGAGUAUAUGAAACUUGAUUCUGAAGAGAAUAGAAGUAAACCAGAAGAACCACCAAAAGAGUGUUUAAAACAUAUUUCCAGACUUUCACAGAAACAGUCUCCCUUACUACUCUCUGAGGAAAAGAGAAGAUACUUAUGGUUUUAUCGUUUCUACUGCAAUAAUGAAAACUGCUCCCUUCCUUUGGUCUUGGGCAGUGCCCCUGGAUGGGAUGAAAGAACUGUUUCAGAAAUGCAUACCAUUUUGAGAAGAUGGAAAUUUUCUUGCCCUUUGGAAGCACUUGGACUUCUGACUUCUAGUUUUCCAGAUCAAGAAAUUCGUAAAGUGGCAGUUCAACAAUUAGACAACCUCUUGAAUGAUGAACUACUGGACUAUCUCCCACAGCUAGUUCAGGCUGCCAAGUUUGAAUGGAACCUUGAAAGCCCUCUAGUACAACUCCUAUUGCACCGUUCAUUGCAAAGCAUCCAGAUUGCCCAUCGUCUUUACUGGCUGCUAAAGGAUGCACAGAAUGAAACUUAUUUUAAAAGCUGGUAUCAGAAACUAUUGGCGGCUCUCCAAUUCUGUUCAGGAAAAGCCUUGAGUGAUGAGUUUUCCAAAGAGAAGAAACUUAUUAAAAUUCUGGGAGACAUUGGGGAAAAAGUCAAGUCUGCCAGUGACCCUCAAAGACAGGAGGUACUGAAGAAAGAGAUUGGCAGACUAGAAGAAUUCUUUCAGUGUAUAAAUACCUGUCACCUUCCUCUGAACCCUGCCCUGUGUAUAAGGGGUAUUGAUCAUGAUGCAUGUUCAUAUUUCACAUCUAAUGCUUUGCCACUGAAGAUUACUUUCAUCAAUGCUAACCCAAUGGGCAAAAACAUCAGCGUCAUUUUUAAGGCUGGCGAUGAUCUCCGUCAGGAUAUGCUUGUUCUGCAGAUUAUUCAAGUGAUGGACAAUAUUUGGCUGCAGGAGGGCUUGGAUAUGCAAAUGAUCAUUUAUAGAUGUCUAUCCACAGGGAAAGGUCAAGGAUUGGUGCAGAUGGUGCCCGAUGCCAUCACCCUAGCAAAGAUCCAUCGCCAUUCUGGACUGAUAGGACCAUUGAAAGAAAACACAAUCAAAAAAUGGUUCAGUCAGCACAACCAUCUAAAGGCAGAUUAUGAAAAGGCCUUGAGGAACUUUUUCUAUUCCUGUGCCGGCUGGUGUGUGGUAACGUUCAUCCUGGGAGUCUGUGACCGACAUAACGACAAUAUCAUGCUGACAAAGUCAGGCCACAUGUUUCAUAUUGACUUUGGAAAAUUCCUAGGUCAUGCACAGACAUUUGGAGGGAUAAAAAGGGACCGAGCACCUUUUAUUUUUACUUCAGAGAUGGAGUACUUUAUUACAGAAGGUGGGAAAAACCCACAGCAUUUCCAAGAUUUUGUGGAGCUUUGCUGUCGAGCUUAUAAUAUUGUCAGAAGGCACAGUCGACUACUCUUGAACCUGCUAGAAAUGAUGCUACAUGCAGGAUUGCCUGAGCUGAGUGGAAUUCAAGACCUGAAAUAUGUGUAUAAUAAUCUUCGUCCACAAGACACAGACCUAGAAGCAACAAGUCAUUUUACCAAGAAAAUAAAGGAAAGUCUGGAGUGCUUCCCUGUUAAGUUAAAUAACUUGAUCCAUACACUUGCACAAAUGACAGCCACAAGUCCUGCCAAAUCUGCUUCACAGACUCCUUCCCAGGAAUCCUGUAUGCUGAGUGCAACCAGGUCAAUUCAAAGAGCGACAAUUUUAAGGUUCAGUAAGAAAACCAGUAAUCUGUAUCUAAUCCAGGUGAUACAUGGUAACAAUGAAAUGAGCCUGACAGAAAAAUCAUUUGACCAGUUUUCAAAACUUCACAGCCAACUUCAGAAGCAGUUUGCAUCAUUGACUCUCCCAGAGUUUCCUCAUUGGUGGCACGUACCUUUUACAAACUCAGACCACAAACGAUUCAGAGAUCUAAAUCAUUACAUGGAACAGAUAUUAAAUGGAUCAUAUAAAGUUGCAAAUAGUGAUUGCGUGCUUAGUUUUUUCCUCUCUGAGCCUGUGCAACAAACAAUUGAAGAACCAUCAUUUGUGGAUCUAGGUGAGAAGUUUCCUGACAAGACACCUAAGGUGCAGUUAGUGAUAUCACAUGAGGAUGCGAAGCUGACCAUACUAGUGAAACACAUGAAAAACAUUCAUCUCCCAGAUGGCUCUGCGCCCAGUGCACAUGUUGAAUUUUAUCUUUUACCAUAUCCCAGUGAAGUUCGUAGGAGGAAAACAAAAUCUGUUCCAAAAUGUACCGACCCCACUUAUAAUGAAAUUGUGGUGUAUGAUGAAGUCACAGAGCUCCAAGGACAUGUUUUAAUGCUUAUUGUGAAAAGCAAAAGCAUAUUUGUGGGAGCAAUUAACAUCCAACUUUAUACUGUCCCACUCAAUGAAGAAAAAUGGUAUCCACUAGGAAACUGUAUAAUUUGACCAUUUCUAUCAAUGAAUGCAUUAUUCAGUAACUACCUAUAUCUUUUUCCACUUCUGGGCCUCUUUGUCACUAGAGCAGGACGUUUCUGUUGUCAAAGGUAGCAUAGUGUAUCAAGGACACACAAAAGAAAGACAUCAGAAUUAGUCUGUUAGAGUUAUAUAUUCUCUACUUGUGUUUCAUUGUUUUCUUAGAAUCUUUUCUCCUUAACAAAGUGCCAAUUUAUUGUGUAAAAUAAAAGAACACCUAAUUUUAAUAUAUCUUUUAAAUCAAACACAUGCUCACAUUUUUUAAUUGUGUGCCUACUGUUAAAAGCAACACUCUGACUGUAGUUUCCAAGAAAUACGGCCAUAAAUCUCACCAAUUAAUUUAAGAUCUAAGUAUAUCUGUAACAGAUUUUUAACUUUGAAGUAAAUAUACAUACCUGCAUACUGACUUAUAAUCCUAUUUAUCAAAUUAUUUAUGGAAUUAGUAAGCUCCAGCAGAAUGAUGUAUUAUUUUCUAUCAGAAAAACAAAGGACAAAUGCCUGAAAUUCUUAAAUCAAUUUUUGGAAGAAACUUCUUUGCAGUUUCUUGCCUUUUUCUAUGCCAAUCAAUUAAUCAUCAUUGGAUUUCACCCAACCAAAGGCAUGAUCACAUUUUUAAAUUUCAUUAUCCCUUAACUCCAUGAUGUCAAACUCUGAAACUCUCCCCUCUGAUCAAAACCUCUUCUCUUUGCACAUCAAGAAUUUCUCUUACUUCUGAAGCUACUUGUGUACUCAUCAUGACUUGAGUAGACAAUCCUACAGAUUUCUACCUACAAAGUAGGUACAACUCAAAGCACUAUGCUACAUUCUUUAAGAGAACAAAAUAGGAGUUUGGUUUUUUUUUAUCCUUGCCAUUUAAAUUACUUAAAAAAGUUAAAUUCUUGCUUUUUUUUUCAAUGCUUCACUGUGAACGAAUAAAAAAGUAAUUUAAGCUCUUAGAUAUGGUCAUCUACAUAACCAUGUAAACACAUAAAGGACUGCAAAAUUUAUUCAUUGAAAACAUUUGAGUGCCAGCCUAAAGCAGGCAGAAAGUCAAUGCAGAUGACCGCACUUAAAGGAAAAGUGACUCUGACACAACAGCAGGGCAUAAGCAACACAUGUAGGAUACUCUCCUGAAGUGCCAGGUUCUGGUGAACAGGGACUGCACUGCAGGGAAGUCCAGGAUUUCUUCAAUGUAAAGUCACUUUCAAGAGCAGAAAACAUAGUUGACCUUCUUAACACAGAGAAACAGACACAGAAAGGCAGGCAAAAUGAGAAGACAAAGAAAUUUAUCGCAAAUAAAAGAAUAGGACUAGGCUAUAGCCAGAGAUCUAAGCAAAAUAGCUAUAAGUAACAUGCCUGAUAGAGAAUUUAAAGCAAUUAUAAUGAGGAUACUUACUGGACUUGAGAAAAAAGUGGAACACAUGAGUGAGACCCUUAACACAGAGAUAAGAAAUAACAUGGUAGAGAUAAAGUGCUCAAUAAACAAAAUGAAACAUGCUUGAUGGAAUGAACAGGACCUAGUGACCUAGAAGAUAGAAUAAUGGAAAGUAAUCAAGCUAAACAAAAGACAGAAAAGAUUAUGCAAAAUAAGAAUAGGCUUAGGGAACUCAGUGACACCACCAAUGUAAAAACAUUCAAAUUAUAGAAAUCCCAGAAGAAGACAGAGAGAGGGGAGCAGAAAUUUAUUUGAAUAAAUGAUAGCUGAAAACUUUCUUAAUCUAGGGAAGGAAACAGAUAUCCAUAUCCAGGAUGCACAGAGAACUCUCAAAAUCAACAAAAGCAGACCCACAUCAAGACACAUUUGUAAUUAAAGUGGCAAAAAAUAGUGAUAAAAUUUUUAAAGCAACAAGACAAAGGAAGACCGUAACUUACAAGGGAAAAUCCAAAAAGCUAGCAGGAGAUUUUUUCAAAAGAAACUUUGUAAACUAGAAAGGAGUGGCAUGAUAUAUUCAAAGAGCUGAAGGGGAAAAAUCUGCAGCCAAAAAUAUUUUCUCCAACAAGGUUACUAUUCAGAAUAGAAGAAGAGAUAGCUUCCUAGACAAACAAAAGCUAAAGAAGCUCGUGACCACUAAACCAGCCCUACAAGGAAUAUUAAAGGAGACUCUGAGUAGGAGACCAACAGUGACAGUAUCAAGGUAGGAAACACAAAAGCAGUAAAAAUGAAUAUUUCUGUAAAAAUUCAGUCAUGAAACUCACAAAACAAAAGGAUAUAAAAUAUAACAACAUAUGCCUAAAGCAUGGGGAGAAAAGGAGUAAAGAAUGGGUUCAAACUUAAACAACCAUCUACUUAAUAUAGACAGCUAUGUACAGAAGAGGCUAUAUACAAACCUAAUGGCAACCAUAUAUCAAAAACUACUAAUAAAUGUGCAAGAAUAAACAGAAAUAAAUCCAAAUAUAAAAUUAAAGAAAAUAAGCAAACCAUGAAAGAGAGGAAGACAAGAAAAGAUCAGAGAAAAUCUUCAGAAAUGACCAUAAAACAAAUAAUAAAAUGACAAAACUAUAUAUCUAUCAAUAAUUACUUUGAAUGUAAAUGAACUAAACACUCCAAUAAAAAGACAUAGGGUGACAAAAUGGAUAAAAAAAAAACAAGAUCCACCUAUAUGUUGCCUAUAAGAAAUCAUUUUAGAUAUAAACACACCUGUGGAUUGAAAGUGAGGGGAUGGAUAUACAUCUAUCAUGCAAAUGGAGAUCAAAAUAAAGCCAGAGUAGCAAUACUUAUAUAAGACAAAAUAGACUUUAAAAUAAAGACUGUAACAAGAGACAAAGAAGGACAGUAUAUAAUGAUAAAGGGGACAAUUUAACAAGAAGAUAUAAUAAUUGUAAAUAUAUGUGCAACCAAUUGAGGAGCAUCCAAAUAUAUAAAAUAAUUAAUAACAAACAUAAAGGAACUAAUACAUAAUAAUAGAAUAAUAGGAGAGGACUUUAACACCUAACAUCAACAGACAGAUCAUCUAAAUAGAAAUACAACAAGGAAACAAUGGCUUUGAAUGACACACUGGAAUAUAACGAUUUAACAGAUAUAUGCAGAACAUUCCAUCCUCAAACAGCAGAACAUACAUUCAAGUGCAUGUGUAAUAGUCUCCAAAAUAGAUCACAUAAAAAUAUAAAAUAAGCUUCAACAAAUUCAAGAAGAUUGAAAUCAUACCAUGCAUCUUUUCUGACAACAAUGCUAUGAAACUAGAAGUCAACUACACGAAAAAAAUCUGAAAAACCACAAAUAUGUGGAGAUUAAAUACUACUAAACAAUAAAUGGGUCAACCAGGAAAUUUAAAAAAGAAAUAAAAAACUAUAUGGAAACAAAUGAAAAUGAAAACACAAUGAUCAAAAACCUUUGGGACGCAGCAAAAGUGGUACUAAGAGAGAAGUUUAUAGCAAUGCAGGCCUACCUCAAGAAGCAAAAAAAAUCUCAAAUAAACAACCUAACCUUACACCUAAAAGAACUACAAAAAUAACAACAAACAAAACCUAAAAUCAGAAGAAAAAAAUAAUAAAAAUUAGAGCAGAAAUAAAGGAUUUAGAAGCAAAAAAAAAAAAUAGGUCAAUGAAACCAGCUGCUGCUUCUUUGAAAAAAAAUCAAUAAAAUUGAUAAACUUAUGAAAGUUGAGAAAGGACUCAAGUAAAUGAAAUCACAAAUGAGAGAGAAAUAACUACCAACACCACAGAAAUACAAACAACUAUAAGAGAAUAUUAUGAAAAACAUUAUGCCAACAAAUUUGUCAACCUAGAAGAAAUGAAUAAAUUCCUAGAAACAUAUACACUACCCAAAUUGAAACAGGAAGAAAUAGAGAAUUUGAACAGAUUGAUAACCAGCAAAGUAAUUAAACCAGUAAUCAAAAAAACUCCCAAUAAACAAAAAUUCAGGAUUAGAUGGCUUCAAGGGGAAUUCUACCAAAUGUUUAAAGAAGAGUUAAUACCUAUUCUUCUCAAACUGUUACAAAAAAUAUAAAUGGAAGGAACACUUUCAAAUUCAUUCUAUGAGGCCAGCAUUACCCUGAUUCCAAAACCAGAUAAAGAUGCCACUAAAAAAGAGAACUACAGGCCAAUAUCCCUUAUGAACAUAGAUGCAAAAAUCCUCAACAAAAUACUAGCAAACUAAAUCCAACAAUACAUUUUUAAAAAUCACUUGGCAUGAUCAAGUGAGAUUUAUUCCUGGGUUGCAAGGGUGGUUUAAUAUUCACAAAUCAUUAACGUGAUAUAUCACAUCAAUAAGAGAAAGUUUAAGAACCACAUGAUCAUUUCAAUAGAUGCAGAUAAAGCAUUUGACAAAGAAUAACAUCACUCAUAAUAAAAAUUCUCAAUAAAGUAGGUUCAGAGGGAACAUACCUCAACAUAAUAAAGGCCAUUUAUGAAAAACCCACAACUGACACCAUCUUCAAUGAGGAAAACCUGAGAGCUUUUCCUCUAAUGUCAGGAACAAGACAAGGAUGCCCACUCUUACCACUUUUACUCAACACAGUACUGGAAGCCCUAGCCACAGUAAUCAGACAACAAAAAGAAAUACAAGACAUUCAAAUCAGUAAUGAUGAAGUAAACCUUUCACUCUUUGCAGAUGACAUGAUACUCUAUGUAAAAAACCCAAAGACUACACCAAAAAAACUUCUAGAACUGGUAAAUAAAUUCAGUAAAGUUGCAGGAUACAAAAUCAAUGUACGGAAAUCUGAUGCAUUUCUACAUGCCAAUAAUAAAGCAGCAGAAAGAGAAAUCAAGGAAUCAAUCCCAUUUACAAUUGCACCAAAAACCAUGAAAUACCUAGGAAUAAACCUGAUAAAAGAGGUAAAAGACCUGUACUCUGAAAACUAUAAAACACUGAUAAAAGAAAUGGAAGAAGACACAAAGAAAUGGAAAGACAUUCCAUGCUCAUGUACUAGAAGAACAAACAUUGUUAAAAUGUCUAUAGUACCCAAAGCAAUCUACAUAUUUAAUACAACCGCUAUCAAAAAUACCACCAACAUUCUUCACAGCGCUAGAAGAAACAAUCCUAAAAUUUGGAUGGUACCACAAAAGACCUCAAACAGCCAAAGUAAUCUUGAAAAGGAAAAACAAAGCUAAAGGCAUCACAAUUCCAGACUUCAAGUUAUAUUACAAAGCUGUAGUCACCAACACAAUAUGGUACUGGCAAAAAAGUAGAAACAUGGAUCAAUAGAACAGAAUAGCAAACCCAGAAAUGAAUGCACAACUAUAUGGUCAAUUUAUCUUCAGCAAAGCAGGAAAGAAUAUCUAAUGGGAAAAGGACAGUCUCUUCAGCAAAUAGUGUUGGAAAAACUGGACAACAACAUGCAAAAGAAAGAAACUGGACCACUUUAAUACACCAUACACAAAAAUAAACUAAAAAUGGAUUGAAGACCUAAAUGUGAGACCUGAAACCAUAAAAAUCCUAGAAAAAAACUCAGGCAGUAAUCUCUUUGACAUCAGUCAUGACAGCUUCUUACUAGAUAUGUCUCCUGAGGCAAGGGAGACAGAAGCAAGAACAAACUAUUGGGAUUAUAUCAAAAUAAAAAGCUUCUGCACAGUGAAGGAAAGAAUCAACAAAACUAAAAAGCAACCUACAGAAUGGGGGAAGAUAUUUGCAAAUGACAUAUCCAAUAAAGGGUUACUAUCCAAAAUAUAUAAAAAACUUAUAAAACUCAACACCCAAAAAAACAAAUAAUCCAAUUAAAAAUUGGGCAAAAGUCAUGAAUUUCUCUAAAGAAAACAUACAGAUGGGCAACAGACACAUGGAAAGAUGUUCAUCACUUAUCAUCAGGGAAAUACAAAUCAAAACUGCAAUAUCACCUCAUACCUGUCAGAAUAGCUAAAGUCAACAGCAUAAAAACAACAGGUGUUUUUGGAGAAAAAGGAGCACUCAUUCACUGUUGGUGGGAAUGCAAUCUGGUGUAGUCACUGUGGAAAACAGUAUUUUUUUUGUGGAGAUUCCUCAAAAAGUUAAAAAUAGAACUACCCUAAGAUCCAGCAAUUGACUCCUGGGUAUUUACCCAAAGAAUACAAAAACACUAAUCCAAAGGGAUACAGCACCUCUAGAUUUACAGCAGCAUUAUUUACAAUAGCCAAGAUAUGGAAGCAGCCAAAGUGCUCACCAACUGAUGAUUGGAUAAAGGAGAUGUAACACAUAUAUAAUGGAAUCAUACAUGUGUUACGUAUGUAAUACACAUAAUAUACACAUGUGUAUGUAUGUAUAUACACAUGUGUAUGUAUAUUAUCCAGCCAUAAAAAAGAAUGAAAUCUUGCCAUUUACAAUGACAUGGAUGGAAUUGGAGAGUAUAAUGCUAAGCUAAAUUAAGUCAGUCAGUGAAAGACAAAAUUCUACAUGAUUUCACUCAUAUGUGGAAUUUAAGAAAGAAAACAAACAGGAAAAAGGGUGGAAAAAGAGAGAGAGAGAAAUAAAGAAACAGGCUCAAUUAUAGAGAAGAAAAUGGUUACCAGAGAGGAGAGGAUUGGGAAUGGGUUAAAUAGGUGAUGGGGAUUAAGUAGAACCCUGUCAUGAUGAGCAUUGCAUGAUUUAUGGAAGUGUUGAAUCACUAUACUGUACACCUGAAACAAAUAUAAUACUGUAUAUUAAUAACUGGAAUUAAAAUAAAAACUAAAAGAAGAAAA